AUGGCUUCCUAUCACCGUGUCCUGGCGGUAUUCGGCCGCUCAGUCAAAGACAAAGCCCUAGAGUGCGACUGCGACAUCCACCCCUGGGAGAUCAAGAUCAACGGCGAGCAAUGGCCAGGGAAGAUCCGGCUGAUCGGCUUCGUGGACGUGUUCUUCCUGUUCUCCUACUCGGCCAAUGCACGAUUCGAAAGGGGCAUCAUCGUCUACAAGGAGAGAUACGAUAUCGAGAGACUCCUCAAACAGAUCGAGGACGCCCGUUCCGCCGCAGGCCCCCCACCCACAGCCCCUGGAACCUCCCCAGCCCUCGAGGACAAAAAGGCAGAAACCGUCACCACGGUGACUGAAAUUCCCCCUAUCCCAUCGGAGGACAACCCAGCCACCGACUCCGACCAGCACCGCCGCCUCAGCUUCGACAACGACACCUCCUACAAAGUCACCAGCUGGGGCCACGAAGUCGGGCUGAAAAGCAACUACCCGAUCUCCUCUGUCGGGGAAUGGAAUAUCGAGAUUAGCAAGCCGUAUCAUCGCGCGUUGAGACGACGCAUCAAGCGCGCAAUCAAGGAACACACCACCACCGAGCUCCUCGAGGAUGUCGCGCGGUGCGGGUUCAUCGCCCAGGGCCAGUUCAUCGGAAAUGUGGCUUCAAAGUAUCUGGUUGGCGGCGUGUUGGAUGAUACUUUGACGAAGUAUAUGGAGGGGCUGGUGUCGGGGGAUAAGCCAGGACAUGUGGCGUUGGCGAAUGAGGGGUUUUAG